UGAUAGGUGCCUGCAGGGUUAAGGUGCUGUGGAGUCUAUGGGUGUCACAUUGCUUAUAAUCAUGAAAACAAUCACCAUUCUUCUUUGGGUUCUUGCAAAUCAGGUCACAUGCCAAACUAAUGGUAUUUUUCCUGCGAGGAUCCUGGCCCAACAAAAAGCUAUAAGUGAGGACAGUGACCUUUCUGUAACCUGCAGUACAUUUGGGUUCAAGAAACAGAUCAUGGUUUGUGUUUAUUUAUGCAAGGAUGACAUUUGGAUCGAUAGAAAGAUGCAGAAGCCAGAUCAAAAUGACACCACCUUCACGAUACGCAGCGUUGGUCUUCAUCACAGUGGAAACUACAGCUGUGUUUACUCCACUUGCAAUAAUUUGCUUCCCAAAGUAGCCAUGAGGGGAGACAACGUCAUUCAGAUCCUGGUCAUAUCCAAUAUUCUACCUGCAGAUAUUUCAGUCGCCGGGCCGUCCACUGUCAGCGAGGGAGACCAUGUUGCAUUCAGAUGUACCGUUUCUUACACCCUGCAAACACUUGGUGAAUGUCAACUCAUCAACUCUUACCUGAGGAGGAAUGAGACCAUCCUCCAAGUGCAAACAUUUGAUGUCACCCGCAUGGAGGCAACUUUCACCAUCGAAGGUGCCGUCAUGAGGGACUCAGGCCAUUACAGCUGCGUGGUGCUGCCAUCUAAAUGCAUCCGAGAGCAUGAGAAAACACUCUGUGGAAAUAACGCAGUAUUCCUGAAUGUCACAGUUAAUGUGCGACAGACGUGA